AUGGGUCUUCCUGGACUGCCAGGAUAUGGACCACAAGGAAUGAGAGGUUUCAAAGGCUCUAAAGGAAUACCUGGUCCACCUGGAUUAGCUGGAGAAGCUGGUGUGAAAGGAGAGACCAGUAGGGUAACUCCAUUACCUGCGUUGCCAGGACCUCAAGGACCAGAUGGUUUCCCUGGACCUCCUGGAGUGCCUGGUAGGGUUGGAGCAAGAGGUCAGCCAGGUGAUUCAGGACAUCCAGGGCCAACAGGUGACACAGGCUUUCCAGGGCUUGGGUUUCCUGGAAACCCAGGUCCAAAAGGAGAUAAAGGGCUUGCAGGAGGCAGAGGGUCACCUGGCUGUGAAGGAAAGAUUGGAGAUCCAGGUCGAGCUGGAAACGUAGGACAACCGGGAGAAAAGGGUGACCCAGGCAUGGUAAUUCCUGGAGAGCCAGGUAGACUGGGUUCACCAGGACGUCGUGGCAUGCCUGGCUCAAAAGGUGAUACUGGAUUUCCAGGGCAUCCAGGCCUACCAGGGCGUGCUGGACAUGAUGGUGAUGAUGGCCUAAGAGGAGAUCGUGGCUCACCUGGAGUUCCUGGAGAUCCAGGUUUUCCAGGGAAACCUGCUGAAUGUCUUAUUGGCCUGCCAGGUUUGCCGGGUGGCCAGGGAGCUUCAGGCCCACCAGGAAGAAGAGGUUCACAAGGUUCAAAAGGAAAACUAGGCCCUACUGGUUUGAGUAUUCCAGGAAUCUACGGAAAGCCUGGGGAACCUGGAUUAAUAGGUCUUCAGGGAAAUAUAGGAUUACCUGGUCCUGAGGGACAGUCUGGAAGGCCAGGAAUCUCUGGUAUGCCAGGUUCAAGGGGAGAGCCAGGUAUAAUGGGCCUGUUAGGAAUUCCUGGACCUCCUGGCAUGAUUGGAAGACCAGGCAACCCGGGUAUCAGAGGUUCUUCUGGCUUCCCAGGACCAAAGGGAAGAAAAGGGUUUCUUGGAGCAAAAGGCGAACCAGGUGAUAAAGGUUUUCCUGGACCAUCUGAGACCUUGGUUGGUAUUGGGAAUAAAGGAGAACGAGGCUUAAAAGGAGUUCAAGGAAGAAUGGGUCUGAGAGGAGAAAAAGGAGAUGCUGGUGUGCAAGGUCCCCCUGGUCUUGAUGGGUCUGAAGGAAUACCUGGUCUACCAGGUGUCAAAGGAUUUAUGGGUCUUCCAGGGAUUCCUGGAAGACAAGGAUUCACAGGUGCACCAGGAAACAAAGGGGACAUGGGAAUUCCAGGUCCAAAAGGACAAAAAGGAUCUCCAGGCUUUCCAGGACCAUCAGGUGACCCUGGUCCACCAGGCUAUGGUGGCUUUCCAGGUGACAAAGGAGAUCCUGGGUACCCAUCCGCUGGGCCUCCAGGAGAACCUGGUCCAAAGGGAGAUCCAGGCCCCCCAGGAGUUUUGGGCAGCAAAGGAGAAAAAGGAUCCCAAGGUCAUCCAGGACAUAAAGGAGUACCAGGACCACAUGGGAUCAGAGGGGAAACUGGAGGUGCAGGAAUCCCAGGCAAGCGUGGACCUCCUGGAGAUAUUGGUGCUAAAGGACGGCAGGGCCGCCCGGGACAACAGGGCAUUACAGGCCCUCCUGGUGCUGUUGGAGACCCUGGAAAAAAUGGACUUGUUGGUGAAAGAGGUAAUCAAGGUCAGGAUGGUAUGCCUGGUCCCCCAGGAGUAAAGGGAGAACCAGGAGCACCAGGGAGAGGAAUCCCUGGCCUUCGAGGUAUUCCUGGUCGUAGAGGAAUCAAAGGGGACAUGGGACUGCCUGGUUUUCCUGGGCCACCAGGUAUGAAAGGUCAUCAGGGUGAUCAAGGACCCAUUGGACCUCCUGGCUUAGUAGGGUUGCCUGGAUUUCAAGGUGCAACAGGCAUGGCAAUUACUGGCCAAAAAGGGAACCGAGGUAUUGCUGGUGCAGAUGGAAGACCAGGUGUGUUUUUAUAA